GGGUUGGGCUGGGUAUUUUGGGCCAUUUGGGGUGGUUUGGGGGGUUGGGGGUGGGAGGGGGGUUAAUUAGGAAGAGGAAAACAAAAAAAAAUUAUAAUGGGCCCGGCCCGGACCCGGACCGAACCCGGUGGUUACCCGGGCCGGUCCCGGGUCCACCAUUUCUGAACCGCCGGCCCGGACCCGAGUCCACCCCUACAUCCAUAUAAUCCAUCAUCUCAUUUUAGUCUUCUAGAUGCAUUUUUAAUGUCCACUCAUUUUCUUCUCAAAUGUCCCCCUCCUCCUCUACAUCCAAACUCACUUCAAAUCAAGCUACUUUACACAAUGAAUUUGAUGGCAAAGGUUUUUUUUUGGUAUUCUGUUGAAGCCCUUGAAUGGGAGCAUGUUUGUGAAUUGUGAUGAACAUUGCAGUACAAAUGUACAAUCAAUUUUUUUUUUUACAGAAUAAACACUUCAUUUAUUUGACUGUACAAUCUCCUCCAGCACUAUAUAAUAUAUAUAUACACGUCCAACACCAUUCUUUGGUGCAUAUCAUUCCAUGAAGCCUUUUUUAAGCAAAAUAUGUAGCAUCUUUGUUGUUUAAUACGUAACCAUUUUGAAAGAAGAGCUUUGUGAUGGAGCAAUAUCUAAGAUGGAUUUCUACAUAAUCUUGGAUGAAGCAGAUGAGAGCUUCGCCUUUAAGACGAGUCUUUAUAUGUUCAGCAGCCCAAUUUCCGUGGGGGUGGGGAGGGGUCUAUUUGAUUUGUAGGAUUGGAUGAAAGGGAGAGGAUCGAUUUCGAUAGUAACAUGGUCUGUGUUGUUACGGGAAUGAGUACACACCGUGGAGAUCAGCGCGGAGACAAGGGGUGUGGUAGACGGAGAAUUCUGGUGUUGUUGAGCGUCGGUAGGAGAGAAGGGCUUGGCGAGGAGGCUGGAAGAUGAAAAGUUUCAUCCCUGUAGUACAAUCAAAUGCCAUUGAUGAAACUAAUGAACAAAUUAUCUUGAUUCAGAAUAUCACUCACAAUACUUUAAAUUUGCGAUAUGCAAUGUAUGAUUCUCUCCUGCGGAUUCUUCAAGAAUUUUGGGAGUUUGGUUCUGAAUUGGCAGCUAAGGAUUACUCCUCUGAUAGAGGGAAUCCUAAACACUUUGGAGAUAUCCACACUUGGAAGGAAUCUCUUCCGGAGUUAAAAGCAAAGGUUGACCAUAUGGUAAAACAGAAAGAAAAAGAGAUGUUAGCAGCUAAUAAUGGGAUUCAAUCAGCGGAGAAUGAUGGUUUUUUAUAGGGGUGGGCAAAAGACCCGGUCCCGUUGGUCCGUUCCAGAAUGUUCCGGUUCCGUUUCGAAAUUGUCCCGUUAUAUUUGGGACACAUUAUUUUUGUCCCGUUCCGGACCCGAACCGUUUCAAAAGAAAACGGGACCAUGACAAGUAAAAUAUAUCCCGUUCCGUCCCGUUGUCCCGAAUCCAAAGUUGUACUUUGUAGUAGGUUAGUGAGGUCUACAACAACUCAUUAUGUAAUCCAAAUAAUAAUAAAUAUCCUAUUUUCACUACUCAAAUACCAUUGAUUAUUAAGAUACCAGUUGUUUAACAAAAUUGAAUUUUACUCCCAAAGGCUUCACCUCUUAUAGUAUUCUUUUAUCUUUUUUUUUUUCACAAAUUUCUUGAUAGUUUUUGUGUUAGUCAUGCAACUUUUGUUUCUUGCAGCUAAUUUGGCAGGUUGCUUUUUUAUUAAAAUU